CCCGGACGAGUAGGGACGUGGACAAGCUGCUGCCCCGGCGUACAUGUUUCGGAGGUGCUUCCCAGGAAAAAGGCCGUGCUAGCUGUGGGCAAUCCCGCUGGGGGUAGUAAUCACCGACGAAGAGUGUGUGUUUGUCGUGACAGAGAACCCAGCGUGAGGACACACUGCGCGUCACAGAAAUCGAAUGCGACCGGCCCCGCUUGUCCGUAACUACUAUGGUGGCGAACUAUCGAUCGUCAGCGGCAAUCGAACGUAUUAGCGCCAGUUCUAACGGUCCCAGCCUUGUACGGGUGCUGCCCCCAUCAGGUGCCUCUGCGUGCUGCGUUCCCAGUGUGAAUGUGCCCGCAAAUGCAGCCACCACUAGAUAGCGCACGCAAGAUCAACAGAGCAAGCCAACGAUCGUCAAUCAAACGGAAGGUUGCACGGGGGCCGUCCCAAAUCAUUGUGCCGUAGCGGAAAAAGCCGUGACCGCAUAGCAGCAGCAUCAGCCAGCACCGUUUCGAGGUGUACAGUUUUCGUACGUCACUCCCGAAAAAAAGACGUCCACUAUCACGAGCGGAGCAACGGUUUUUACUUUUCUGUUUCACACACAACGCUAGGGAAAACUGCCGUCGGAAAAACUCUCCCCUCCUUCCGGGGUGGUUAUUUAGCAAAGCAAAGAAGGCAAAACGCGGCAAUUCUGUGUUCCAUUUUCCGAGCAGUUCACGCAUCUAUAUGAUUGGUGUGUUGUGUGUGCGUGUGUGCAUUAGUGUAUGCGAUACUAAGUGCUGAAAUAUCGGUUCGAUUUUCUUUCUGGCAUCCAAUUUCCUACCUCCGGGGACUUUCAGGUCCAAAAUCAGCGCCACUUUCCAGUCAUCACAACAUCAGUUUUGCUGCACUGGUACGCCUCAAGAUACCGCGUGCGUGCGUGUGUGUGUACGCACGUACGGUUCCUCCAGCGAAGGAGAGCUGAGCGAACUUACGAGCAAGUGUACCGCCGCGUCGCGAGGUAAAACCACGACAGGUAGCGCGCGGCUUCAUUUACACGGUGCAGCCGAAAAAGUACACCGUCAAUAAAAGAAGCUUUUUCGGGCAACCACCGAGUUGUGUGCUGUGUGUGUGUGUAUGUGUGUGCGUAUGCGUUCGCGAGUUGUGUUAGCUUACGACCAGCGAGAUGGCUAGCCAGCGAUAGAACCGCGAUAGGUGGAAAAUUCAGCCUCUAGCUGUGCCGAGUGUCAAAAUAAAGCGCAUGAAAAUUCGGCAAAGUGCUGCACCCGGGCGCCCUCCCCUUACUUGUGAGUAAAGGGAAAGAAGAGUUGGCACCAAAACCGGCAACAGCAAGAGGAAGAAGGUAAAAUAAAACCAACCCAACACAGCUUCACGCGAUGGCCGAAAUUUCACAUUGGAAACUGACGCGGAGUACGCACUGAGCUGAGGAGAAGCGACGGUCAUGGAAACGGAAAAUAGCGAGAGCCAAACCAAACUGUCAAUCAACCGACACCGACCAUCAAACCAACGAACCAGCAGAUAGGGUUGCGGACCUGCAUCCCCUCGUUUGGAGAGCGCGGCGCAACGACGGAGGCCAAAACGACGGUAUCGAAACGGCUUCCGAACAUUUUAAGUGACGAUUAGCAAGCGGUGACCAUUGCCUUAAAACCGGCAUCAGUACAGCGAACGAUAAGACAACCGAGGCGGAUAUUUUGAAUUGGUGGUACUGUUACGGGCGGUUACAACAACGGAAGCAAUAUUCCACACACCAAUUCAGCGACGCACGCUUGGAAGUUCUAACGGUUAUAUCAGCAAACAUUGCUUGAACGGCAGCGGCAACACGCGUUCUUACUAGGUUGCAGAAGAAGUACGCUAAACAACUACUAAAGAUAUUCACAGCCGGGCCCAGAGAAAUCCUGUGUGAUAAGCGAACAAUUGCUACUACAUUAUACGCAGUGGAAAAGAGAAAAUAGCCAACCAACAUGCUGAACUCCAUUUCGAAACACCUUCUGCAUUGCGCGCUACUGUUCGUGCUGCUAAUCCUGUUCGAGAUCUUUUCCGGUGGCAUCAAGGUGAACGAGAAUUCGUUCGUUGCCAUCGACCCGUGGGCCGAGUACGGCACGGUGGCGACGAUCGUGCUGUACCUCCUGCGAGUGCUCACGUUCCUGACAUUGCCGCAGGUGAUGUUUAACUUUUUCGGGCUCGUCAUCUACAAUGCGUUCCCGGAGAAGGUGGUCCUGAAGGGUUCGCCGCUGCUGGCACCGUUCAUCUGCAUCCGCAUCGUGACUCGUGGCGACUACUCGGAGCUGGUGAAGUCGAACGUGCUGCGUAACAUGAACACCUGCCUCGACACCGGGCUGGAGAACUUCCUGAUCGAGGUGGUGACGGACAAACCGAUCGGGCUGCCCAAGCACCGGCGGACGCGCGAAAUCGUCGUGCCGAAGGAGUACCAGACGAAGUCGGGUGCGAUGUUCAAGGCGCGUGCCUUGCAGUACUGUCUCGAGGACAGCGUGAACGUGCUGAACAACACCGACUGGGUGGUGCACCUGGACGAGGAGACGCUGCUGACGGAGAACAGCGUCCGGGGCAUCAUCAACUUUGUGCUGGACGGCAAGCACCCGUUCGGCCAGGGGCUAAUAACGUACGCCAACGAGAACGUGGUCAACUGGUUGACGACGCUGGCCGACAGCUUCCGGGUGUCGGAUGACAUGGGCAAGCUGCGGCUGCAGUUCAAAAUGUUCCACAAACCCUUCUUCAGCUGGAAGGGCAGCUACGUAGUGACACAGGUUCACGCGGAGAAGGACGUCUCGUUUGACAACGGCGUCGAUGGGUCGGUAGCCGAGGAUUGUUUUUUCGCGAUGCGUGCCUACGCCCAGGGCUACACGUUCAACUUUAUCGAGGGUGAGAUGUACGAGAAGUCCCCGUUCACGCUGGUCGACUUUCUUCAGCAGCGCAAACGCUGGCUGCAGGGCAUCCUGCUCGUGGUGCGCUCGCCGGCCAUCCCGCUGCGCAACAAGAUCCUGCUGGGCAUCAGCCUCUGCUCGUGGAUCACGAUGCCGCUCUCGACGUCGAAUAUGGUGUUCGCGGCGCUAUACCCCAUCCCCUGCCCGAAUCUGAUCGAUUUCGUGUGCGCCUUCAUCGCCGGCUUCAACAUCUACAUGUACGUGUUCGGCGUCAUCAAGUCGUUCUCGCUGUACCGGUUCGGUUUGGUGAAAUUUUUGGCCUGCGUGCUCGGUGCGCUCUGCACCAUCCCGAUCAACGUGGUCAUCGAAAACGUGGCCGUCAUCUGGGGGCUGAUUGGCAAGAAAAACAAAUUCUACGUGGUGCAGAAGGACGUGCGGGCGCUAGUGACCGUCUAGGAUCUCGACCGGCUCCGGCGAACGAGUCGCGGCGGACUACAAGAUCACAGCAAUGGGAACAUUCACGGCGACGUAGCUAUAAGACGCUUUUUAGGGUGUACUAGGUUUACAGUUUAUGUAUUCCUUUCUCCUCCGUUCGUGUGGCGAUCCGUUUCGUGUGCCACUGCACUCCUGAAUCUUUUGACUAUUUACGCGCGUGCAAAGAAGUGGUUUACGAAUUUCGUAUACCAAGCCUUCGAGUGGAGUUGCUUCGAUACUCAUACUCUUUACUUGUGUGUAUCUUGUCUUUCAAUUGGUUCAUAAUUUUUAACCAACACCCAAUGGGAAUACAUUUUCGGAAAAGGCGGCUUCAAAACCGUGUGAUAAUACCUUUUUCUCGCAGGCUCGACGCAGGUGCCGCUUCCAGUCAUGGAACGCAUUUCAUGCUAAUUUAUUGAUAUUGUACAUUUCGAAGAUCGUAUUGACGAUCUUUUCAUCGACCUUUCUCGGUCGAUUUGCCUAGGCAUGGUGGUAAGAUGCAAGGCGCAAGGGAAAGGGGUGACAAUAACUUGCCCCUCCGAUGUACCCUUCACACGCAUUCUCUUUUGCUUAGGCAACGAGGUAAUCGAGGAAAGUCCCGGGUUUCUCCGACGCUCGAUCGGAGGGCUUAUCCGUUAGCUUUAUCAAAAACGAAACCGAAAGCAUCACAACUCUUCGAUUCGAGCUCAGUGGGCAAACAAACGUGCGAGUGACAAAAUAUUCAGCCAGCAAAAUUUGCAACUCAAACAAAAAGAAUCUACUUCAACCACAUUGAUUGUAGCAAAUGUAGACAGUUGCUGAGACGGCAGCACAUUCGUGAAGCUGAUUCAACUUGAUGAAAUUUGCUUUUGUUUUUUGUAAAAUCUUCAUAGUUUGAUGAACAAAAAAACACGCUUUGUGUGGCUGAUAACAUCUAGACGAUGGGGGAAAAGGGAUAUUCCAAGGGCCGAAAAGCAAUUCGUCUUGUGAUGAGGCCACUUGUGAGUGAUCGAUUUGCGAUUUGCACUUUUGUCCAACAGCAUGUUGCUAGGAAAUAUGCCAAGCAGGCCAGAGCAAUGUAUAAUUAUGAACUGCUACUGUUCAUAUAAAUUAAAACGAUAGUAAUAACAAUAAUGAUACCUUCUAUGAUAAAAAACUAAGACUAGUUUCUUAUAAGCAUCGUUGUCAUCGCCGUCAUCAUCAUUACUACCUCCAUUUCGCUCUAUGAUACAGAAUUGUCGUGCAAGGAAUAAGCAAUCGCAACGCAUGGGUUCCCACUUGUUGUUGUACUGCUUGAAUGAUAUUAGAAUUAGGAUUAUAAUGCCGAUGCAAACGAAAGCAAUGCUGAAAAGGGUAAAACAACCAAAACAAAAUGACACAAGUGAGUGCGAAGCGUUAGGCAGGACUGGAUGGAUGUUUUAUCUAAUUUAAAUACAUCUAGUCUGUACAUUCUAGAGAAGUAAAACAACAACAAAUAACGUACUAUCCCAGGUAGACAUAUGCCGAUAUAUUAUCGGACAAAUUUUUGAAGGGAGUCAAGCGGGGUAGCGCAACCGAAUCCACAAGACUUGGCAACCCAUCGCGUUUCUUGUUCGGUUAACUGCAUAUUUUAUUUGAGCUUGUUUUCCCCCUUCUGCCUUCACACACACACACACACACACACGCAUGGCUAGUACAUAAUUUUCCCGACUGAGGUAGGAAGGACCUAACGGAAGGCAGGUGCAGGUAGAAAGUGGUUCGCCGACAACACACUUGCGGUUACGAUUGCGCUGACUAGCGCAAAUCCGAUUUCAGUAGCUUUAGCCGAUAUCUACAGUAUAUUUAUGAAGCGCCGCGACGAGCUGUUUCACCUUAACUUAGAAUCUCGGGUCGUACGCUACCUGCACUAGUCGUGAGGUUACGUUUGUUCUGUUAUUUGUGUUCGAUUCGUUACGUUUCAACUCUCCAUUCGACGAGUCAAACAACAAUCGGCAGCAUAAGAACGUCUUGGACCAACCGCUCCCAAAGGAAAACGAAACGCACUCGGCAUGCUGCGAAAGAGCUAUUUAUUGUAGUGUUUCGCUUCGUUGCUGCUCCUUUUUCAUUGAUGCUAUCCAAUGUUCCUGCCUUGAUUGUGACAACACAAUAUGCCCCAAAAUGGAAUACGCUCCAGCUUAACUGAAACGAUGUCGUUUCUCGUAGGUUUAAAAGCAUUUGAAUAUAUUGUUAUUAUGAUUAUUUCUUCCUUAAAUAUAGUCGAUAUAUAGAGAUCAGGUAUGAAAAAUAGACGUGGUACUGCAUGGGACGGACAUUCAUCUUGAGGAAGAUUUUCUUUCUAAGCUGGCGACAAAGGUUAAAAUAGACGUUAUCCCAUACCACCCACGCCAGGCGAAAGAACUGCAUACGAAGCUUAGCGAGCGUGCAUAGCUAAGGGAGCAAUCGGCUGUGCUUCUCGCUACAACGGUAUUUCAAGUUCGUUUGUUCUAUAGUAGCCUAUCUUGUUUUUGUUUUACCAUACGGACAUUGAGGUGUAUGUUUUAAAUCGUGUCCGCUGUGCGCAAACGGUGGGUAAUCGUGUAUAUAUGAUGCUUUACAGUUAAAAAACAUAACUUACUUCAAGAAAUUAAGGUUCUGCAUUGGGCUAAGGUGAUGUCAUUUAUGGGAUUCGUUUCAUGUUCAUAGUGUUUUGUUGUUAUGUGUGUACAAUCGUGUCAUGCCAUGCAUUAAGAGGAAAAAAAAACAAAUAGCAGUGUACACGGAACGAUACGGGGACAUUUAAAAUAAUUCUAGUAGAGAAAAAACGUCUAGCUAUUCCAUCACACCACACUCCCAUAUGCGAACGAUUCCCCAGGGGAGGGGAAAUAAACCAUAUUAGUGCCACCAGCGAACACACCGUCUCCUCUAAAUGCAAUCGCCGGUGCUCACGCUCUUUCAGAAGUCGCUUAAAGUAAUCCCAUAUCUGAGAUGAUGCCUUAGUGAGAGCGACAUAAUCCAGGGGGGCCGCAGCCGUUCCUUCCGAACCAGUUGAAAAGUAAAGGAUACGUUAGAUAUUCCUCAAACCGCGAAAGGCUUAGGGAUAGAUAGCGAGAGAAAGCGAGAGUAAGUUGUGUGUAUGUCAUAUUGAGUUGACGAGAAGCGCAAAACCGAAAGGAUGCAUUGUUACCAAUCCUUUUUUUUCAGACACAAAGCGAAAUCACUAAAUAGAAAAGGUACUACGAUUCAACCAUAACCAAAUGGAUAAAAUGCAACUUUCAAAUAAUAAUUAAAAAAAAAACAAAUAUAUGAAAAACAUGUGUUCAGAGUUCCCCCGGACGUGUGGUACACUGUA